AAUUUCAUGAUUUUCAUUCAGUACUCCGGACGAAUCACAAUCGACCUAAUGUUUUCGCAAGCAGGAAAAUUAUUAAUCAAACCAUCGUUUAAGAAACUUUUACAGCAAAUGUUUAAGAAGAAGCGAGAUUAAUUGCCUAAUUGGGAAAAGAUGAUCGGGUUGUAUUGCUAUGGAAAAAUUUUGGCUGUACUAUUGAUGCUCUGUGGGUUCAUUUCGUUGGAACCGGUUGAAGAUGAAUACGAUAUACCGAAGAUUUUCAACGAGGAGCUCAUUGUCCCUGAUGUGAUACCCGUUCCUCCGAAAUUACGAGCUCGGAUGUUCUACCCUAGGGGUGAAAUUCUACCUGGAUCUGCUAUGUCAUACAACGAAUCGAGUUUUCCUCCUGUUAAUGUAUCAUGGCCUUACGAAGAGGGAGCCCUGUACACCUUAUUUAUGUCGGGCAUAAGUGACUGGAAACUAGCCAAAGACAGAACUCCUGAUUACAAGCAGGGGAUUCACGGACAGGAAUGGCAUCAGUGGCUCGUCUCUAAUAUACCUCAAAAUAAUAUUAGCGCCGGAGUCGUCAAUUGCGAGCUAUUACUAGCCGGAGAUCCUUGUAUCGAAGGGAUGAGAGAUCUCAUUAUGUUAUUGAUUUACAAACAACGUUGGCCUGUGAACAUCACCGUCGACAAUGAACCAGGCUGGAUCGAAUUCCAACGUGAUUUCAGACCUUAUAGAUUCGCCAGACGGUACAGGCUCGGUCAUCCAAUUGCUGGUUCUUAUCAUUACAUUGUGUAUGAAGGCUACAAAGGAGAAUACGACGAUUAUGAUGUUCCUCAGUGAUGAAUAAAACGAUAAUUAUAAACUUUU